UAAUGUGUAACAGAAGACUGAAAUUUGAAUGUCCAACUUAAAAAAUAAAUAAUAAUUAAUAAGCACUGGCAGCCUAGACUUUACUCUUCUACCACAUAAAAAUUAUGACUAAAACUUCAACCAGCCAGCAUCACCGCAAUACUCAGAACAAGUAUUCAGCCGCACUCACAGGCUCGCGUGGAUGGUAAUGCGAUGUCGGUCUGGGUGGGAAGCGGCCGCGGCGGGGGCGCGCAGGCCUCCGCCGCCACCGCCGCCGCCGCCCUGGUCUCCACCAACACCUCCAUGGAGUCUGGCAUCGAGGCUGGAGUACUACCAACUGUCACCGGGUCACUGGCCUCUGCUGGAGACUCCUUGGGAUCUCUGUCCAGAGCGGCCGAGCCGAUGUAUGAUACUGACCACACGGAUUUGGGCUCGGAGUUGGAUGAGGCGGAGAUACGGAGGGAGCUGAUGCAUGAUAAAUGGCGUCUGCUCUUCGAUAGGUUCGAUCCAGAAGGUUUCGGGGAAAUCCCGUGGCCCGACUUUGUGCAGACGCUCCAGCACCCCGACUUUAAGGCGCAAGUUUCUACGCAUAAGAGAGAGAUCCUGCUGGACAAGGCGCAGUGUGCAACGAGUGACUCCAUCACCUUUCAAGAAUUCGUCAAUGUGAUGUGUGGCAAGCGCACGCGCAGCUAUAGAUGCGCAGUGCACCACCGCGACCGCGAGGUCAGCUCCCCGAACGAUUUUCAUCUUCUCCUCGAAGACCCCACAUUAUUCGCCAGGAUGGUGCACCUGGUGGCCAUGGAGGUGCUGCCGGAGGAGCGCGAGCGCAAGUACUACCAGGAGCGGUACACGUGCUGCCCGCCGCCGCUCUUCAUCAUCUUUGUCACGCUGCUUGAGCUGGGCGUGUUUGCGUGGUACUCUGCGGGCGGCGUGGCGGCGGCGGCGGGCCCGGUGCCCGUGGACUCUCCCCUGGUCUACCGGCCGGACCGGCGCCGCGAGCUGUGGCGCUUCCUCACCUACAGCGUGGUGCACGCCGGCUGGCUGCAUCUCGCGUUCAACCUGCUCGUGCAGUUGGCGGUGGGUCUCCCUCUCGAGAUGGUGCACGGGGCCCUGCGCUGCGGCGCGGUCUACUUAGCCGGCGUCCUCGGGGGCUCCCUAGCCGCCUCCGUGCUAGACCCAGAUGUCUGCCUCGCCGGAGCGUCGGGCGGAGUCUACGCUCUCUUAGCGGCGCAUUUGGCUAAUGCACUGCUGAACUUCCAUGCGAUGCGCUAUGGGGCUGUGAGGUUGCUGGCCGCGUUGUCCGUGGCCAGUUGCGAUGUCGGGUUCGCGGUGCAUGCUAGGUAUACUAAGGAAGCGCCUCCCGUGUCGUACGCGGCGCACGUGGCGGGCGCCCUCGCCGGGCUCACAAUAGGCCUCCUCGUGCUCAAGCACGCGCAACAGCGGCUCUGGGAGCGCCUCCUGUGGUGGGCGGCCUUAGGAGCCUACGCCGCUUGCACACUCUUCGCUGUUCUCUACAACAUCUUCAGCGAACCCGUCGACGAACUACACUACAUGCCGCCAGACCCGCCGCCCGACUUCUGAUCAGACUGAAUAGAUACUCUACAGGGGUAGCACUCACAAACACGCCUAGUCAAUUUACCUUAGUGUGAUUCGCGAUAAGUAGUUUAUUGUCGGGGAGGCGGCUCGUCCGCUGUGCGUCCAGUAUUAAUGUUUUAACGUUGGUUUUGGCAGCCCUGGUUUCAGCUUCGGUUUUCCGCUGGGAAUGCUGUAAGUUUUUGUAUCAGGGCU